UUUUAUGAUGAGGAUUGCCUUCUUUAAAGCACAUGUGAACAUUGCAUGCUGACAAUAUGUAAUGGUCCUGUACUAUAUAAUAGUUCAAGCAUACGUCUUUUCUUUGUGCUCCUUUGCAGAGCAAAUAUUCGGCUUGCAUUGCUGCUUUGGCCUCAGCUCUGUCUUCCUGAGAGGCUUUGGCUACUGGGAUUUUUGCAGGGAACAAAUAAAUGAGCUUUGUUUAGGAUGGGCUGCUGUGUGGCUAGUUUGUGUUAGUUUGUCCAGCACUGGCAUUGACUUGAAGGCCUGGUAGGUGCUAGCACAGAUCCUUCCUUUGGCUCUCUUGAACUGUGGUACUGCCACGUGAAUUUCAAGUCCUGUGAGGAGAAAAGAGGCAUUGGGCAGAGGCCCUGUGCUUUGUUUGUGGCAGCCCUCACGCUGCCUACAGUGGGCUUUCAUUUGGGUAUAGAGGUGCCUCGUGCGACAUCUCCAGCCUCAGAAAUCCCUUUCUCUGUCGUCCCCGUGCACGGACAUUUGCAUCUCCGAAUCCAGUGGAGCUGCAGGUAACAAACCCUUCUCCCUGGGUGACGGUUUGCGCAGCUGGUGGUUGGCAGGGUGGGGCUGCUCGCUGGCACCAGGGUACGAGCUGUGCUGCAGGUGCUGCAGCCGCUCGGUGCUCGGAGGCUCUCCAUCUCUUGCAGCAGCUGCAGGCUUCCUCUGGUGCACAGGAGCUUUCAGGGCAAGAGCAGACAGGGUGAGUCUGUGAGCGGAUUCCUUUCCCUGCUUGGGGGGGGGGGAAGCUCGUUUCAAGGUGAGCCUUUUCUGGUUUGUUCUUAGGCUGGACAGGGGCUGGGGCUGGCUGUGCUGGAGCAGUACGCUUCUCAUUUAGGGCUGUCUUAACCUGCUCUGGGUGGGGGGGGCUGCCCUGCUCUGGAGGUUGAGAAACACCAGCCUGUAUUGUUUUCAGUCAUUCUGAAAGAGUGCCCUGGGAAUGCUAUCUGAGCUUAAAUCCUAAGGCAGAAGGGGAGUAUUUGGAAAACAGCCUUGGAGCCUGUUUGGAGUUAUUUCCGCAGUUUCCUUAUCUAAACUGGCAAAGGCUUUGCAAGGAAAAUGUCUGCUUCCAUUCAAUGUAGAGCAGAGUAUCUCAGGAAGCACCAAAGCAGGUAGAACUUCCCCAGCCACGGCGUGAGCAGUGCGAGGGGCCGGUGUUGGGAAGCGGUGGCAGACAACUGGAUUCAGAAUUCCAUGCAACGAGGAUGUGCGUGCCACCAUCCUGAGCUGGGCGGCUUCUUCAUUUACAACAGCAUCAGCAGUUUGCUGUGUGUGGUGCCAAGCUGGUGGCUGCUUGCAGCUCUGUGUUACCACACCAACAGCAGCACGUGGCCUCCCGGGGGGCUCCUGUUUGCCAGGGCUGGGCUGAGCCCUGGGUGCCCUGGGUCCAAGCCCAUGGGGAGAAGUGCUCCCACGAUCCCUCUGCGCUUGUUCAGCCUCCUCCUACUGCACCAAGGACUGGAAGGGCCUGGCCCUUGCUCCCUGAUGCCAGAUAAGGAUAACUUCUGCGUGAUGAGCCUGUCGAGACAACCUGGACUGCAAUUGUCUGAGGUGUUGGUGGGUGGUGGUACUGCCAGGCACAGCUACUGGGACAAAAUGUGGAAAUCCAGGUAGUUUGCACCUCAAGUGUCCAGAAUGAAGGGUGCAGAAUUUCUUAGCAGAAAGGUUAAAUAAAAAAUAAGGCUGGGGGGGGGGGUGGGAGAAGAGUGAAAGCUUCUUUUAUGUAACUUGUCCUGAUUUUGUCUCCGUACCUUGACCCCUGUUCUGUGCCUGCCCUGAGCUGGGGCAGCUCAUGCCACUGUGACAGUGACCACUGCAGUGGGACCGUCCCCUCUCACUGCCCAGUUCUGAUCGUGUCUCUCUGCCAGCUCCCGGCUGAGGUUGCUGCUGAGAACGAUGGCAGCUCACCGGCAGCUCCUCUCUGUGCAAGGCCUGCUGCUCUGUGUCUUGGCUCUGCACUUCUGCACCCCGGGUUCUGGGUUCACCAGGGCACCAGGGUUCACCAGGGCAGAGCAUAAAGUGGUCAGCACGUCCAUAGCCACCAACCACGCCUCAGUGGCUGCCACCAAAGCUUCAGUGGCCACCAAUAAGGCCUUGGUGGCUGCUGCCAACGCCUCGGUGGCCGCCUCCAACCAGGCACUGGUGGCCACCAACCAUACCUCAGUGUCUGCCACCAGUGCCUCAAUGGUCACUUCCAACCAGGCACUGGUGGCCACCAACCAGACCACAGUGGCUGCCACCAGAGCCCCAAUGGUCGCCUCCAACCAGGCACUGGUGGCCACCAACCAGACCACAGCGGCUGCCACCAGAGCCUCAAUGGUUGCCUCCAAGCGGGCAUUGGUGGUCACCAACCACGCCUCAGCGUCUGCCACCAGUGCCUCAAUGGCCACCUCUAACCAGGCAUUGGUGGCCACCAACCAGACCUUAGCGGCUGCUACCAGUGCCUCAGUGGUCGCCUCCAACCGGGCAUUGGUGGCCACCAACCAGACCACAGUGGCUGCCUCCAACCACACCUCAGUGACCACCACCACCACCUCAAUGGCCACCAGCCUGGCCUCAGUGGCUGCCAACGCUUCCAUGAACCAUACAGAACAAACCCCGCUCAGCUGCCAGAGCUUCCAGUGCUCCGGUGAGAGGUGUUACCAGGAUGAGGCCCACAGCAACGUGACAGCCCCCUGCCACAACGAGACCUUCUGCGAGCUUUAUCGUUUCUCCAGCACGAACUACACUGCCAGGUGUAGCAGCGUGUGCAGCACGGAGCUGUGCAGGACCAACGGCAGCGUGACCCCCCAGCAGUGCACCAUGGAGUGCUGCAACACCUCGCUCUGCCUGCAGCUCAAUGCAAGCUCCUAUGGUGACCUACCCCCUGCAACCAUGCCGCCCACGACCACUGUCACCACCACCACCCCGCGGCCCCCGCCACGAAAUGGGAAAAUCUGUGCAGCGUUCUCCUGCCAUGGGGAUGGAUGUUUCAAAGGCAAGAAGGGCACAGCUAAAUGCUUUGUGGGGCACGACUUCUGCGAGGUAUGGCUUGGGACAGGACAGGUGGGAUGUGCUGGAGCCCGUGUGCAUCCCCUCAAUGCAAAUGCCAGAGGCUGGGCAGGACCAGCAGGCCCAUCUCUCUCCUCCUUCCAGCUGAAGAAGACAGGCUUCAAUUACGUGGCAGGAUGCAGCAAAGCCUGCAAAGCUGCCAAGCCCGUCUGCACCCAGGGGGUGAAGGCUGCCUGCUACCAGGAGUGCUGCCCCGCCACCCCCAAGGGCAGCUGCCUGAAGCUGGAUGGCAAAGUUCACGUUAAUGGUGCCGGGCAGGCAGCUGUGUCCCCGCUGCUGCAGCUCCUGGCAUGUGGGGCAGCCCUCCUCCUGAGCCGUAGGGCCCCCGCUCCCCUCCGCAGGUGCUCUCCACCGUGCAUCAUCCCCAGGAGCUGCAAGCUGCAGCAUCGUGCCUCUGUGCUGCGGGGACGGCGGAUGCUGCAAGGACAGAACUCAGGUGUAGGAGCCAGAGGGUGCUGAGCCAGCUUGGAACACAAGGCACAGCACAAGUGUAGUUACAAUGUGCUUGCAGUGCAGCUGUCUGGACGCCCACUUAGUUUCUAAAUAAUACCUCCCGGCCCAGUAUGCAAAACCAUUGCCUCUGUUUCAUCUCCAGUUCUUAGGCAGGAAAACGGGGCUGAGCUAAAAGCGCCUUAUGUUAGAUCAUCCUGCUUCGUAUCUAUGAUUCUCUAUGGGUAAAGGUAGAGCAGAGACACGAGCAUGAGUCCGUAAUGGGAGCUGGCCCCCUGCGCUCCCAGCCCCCUCCCAUGUCCCAGGCAGCUGGUCAUGGUUCGUGGUGCUACUGUGCAAACACAUCCUGUCCUCUUACUGCUCUCUUUUAAGAAAAAAAAUAAUAAAGAAGCAUCAGUCCCCUGGGUCGAUGUCGGGCUCCAGGGGGACGUGGUGGGAAGGGGGUCCCAGCCAUGGGGCUGCACUGGAGCAGCAGCAGGCCAGCUUUGCUGCAAGCCCCACGCAGCCAUCUCCAGCCCUUCCAUGCCACAGUGCUGCCUCAUCUGCCCGCAGUGCUGCUGCUCCAAAGCCACAGCAGGGGCUGGGGCGCGUUGUCACGUCAGCACAUCAGCAGAAAGUGACAACGCGAUGGAACUCGAAGAUAUUUCUGUUUCAGGCCCGGCUCGCAGCACCACGUUUCUUGGAAGAGGAGCGCUUUGGAGUUUGCAGCAGAUAUUGCUCGCUGUUCUCCUUUCGUUUCCUCUUUGCAGUCUUUUGUCUGCUCUGCCCUGCUGCUGAGAAGGGAGCAGAAAGCAGAGGCCGCUGCUUUUUCCAUGCCUGCUCCAUUUUGCUGUUACUUCUCCAUCAGCGGAAAGAGCUGACUCAGGCCGAGCUCCCCUGCUCGGCACGUCAACGUCUGCUGACAUUUCCCAGCACCUGCUUACACACUCCGCUGCGAUUAUUUGCAUAAUUAAAGCUCGGAAGUCAGCUGGGUCACGGCAUUUAACAACAAAUGCCAGGUGCUACUGCAAAAAAAGAGCCCCUCCUGAGGGCGGUAGGAAGUUAGCUGCUCUGCCUUGCUGCGGGCCCGGCCCCUCCCGCUCAGGACACGCAAUGCUCUCAGCCCGGGGACGCUCCGUGCCCCCUCCAACCCCCCCCCCCCCAUCCCGCCCGUAUUCCGCUUCUGCCCAGCGU